UCUGCACAAUACCAAGAGAGAGAGCUAGAGCGAGAGAGAGAGAGAGAUCGACACAAGAGAGAGAGAGAAAGAGAGAGAGAGAGUGACGGACAAACGGAGAUUGACAGAUGAGACCGCGAGAGAGAGAGAGAUGUGAUUCAAAGUUGCAGACACACAACCAUGUAUUUUCUCCCUCUAGUUGCAGACGCACAGCCAGUUGCCGAGCAAGGAAGAAAGAAGAGCUUCAGUAAAAUUGAGGGCUCGCAGGCCACAGCAAGGCAGACGGCUGAAUUGCUUCGGUCGGUGAUUUCACAGCAGCGAGUGUCGUACACAAACCAGGCUGGAGCUUUGAUGGAUGUUGUAAGGGCAGUUGGGGAGCUGCUGAUUGCUGCAAAUCCUGUGGAGCUUGCUGUCGGUAAUAUUGUGAGGCGUGUUUUGCACAUUAUUAGGGAGGAGGAUCUAUCUCUCACAACGGCUGCUAUUGCUGGUUUGGGCGUAUCCGCUGUUAGUGAUGAUGAUGAUGAUGCUGAGCACAAUGAUCAUCCAGUUCUAUCAGCUGCUUCUCUUGCUGCUGCUGCAAGAAGCACUUUGUGUCCACCUUCCUUGCAGACCCUUCUUGAGGAUGUGCCUGACUCAGCAGCUAUUCCUCACACUUCUUCCUCUGGGGGUGAUUCUGAUGGAAAAAGCAGAUGUGAGCUCAGCAGUUUUUAUUUUAUUCAGUUAUAA